GUUAUAAAAUAUAUUCAUGUUAUUUCAGCUGGGAAGUUUUGAGAUUCCUUCUGUCGAAUUUGAGAAUGUGGAUUGAAGACUAUCGCUUUGAUGGAUUUCGAUUUGAUGGUGUUACAUCUAUGUUGUAUCACCAUCAUGGGAUUGGCACAGGGUUCAGUGGAGAUUACAACGAAUAUUUUGGCCUACAUGUGGAUGAAGAUGCUUUGUGCUAUCUAAUGCUGGCCAAUCACAUGACUAAACUCUUGCAUCCAGAAUGCAUAACCAUAGCAGAGGAUGUUUCCGGAAUGCCAGCUCUUUGUCGUCCUGUUGCAGAGGGAGGAGGAGGUUUUGAUUAUCGACUAGCCAUGGCUAUUCCAGAUAAGUGGAUACAGAUAAUUAAGGAGCUGAAAGAUGAAGACUGGAAUAUGGGCAAUAUUGUGCAUACAUUAACAAACAGACGGUAUGAAGAAAAAUACAUUGCGUAUGCAGAGAGUCAUGACCAGGCGCUCGUUGGUGAUAAGACAUUGGCGUUUCGACUGAUGGAUGCAGAGAUGUAUACAAACAUGAGUGUGCUCUCGCCCCUUACUGCAGUUAUUGAUCGUGGAAUACAGCUUCAUAAAAUGAUUCGUCUCAUUACUCAUGCACUUGGAGGAGAGAGCUAUCUGAACUUCAUGGGUAAUGAAUUUGGACAUCCAGAAUGGCUUGACUUCCCCAGAAUAGGGAACAAUGAGAGCUACCACUAUGCUAGAAGGCAGUUUAAUCUUACUGAGGAUCAUCUUCUUCGCUAUAGAUUCCUAAAUGCGUUUGAUAGAGAUAUGAAUAAAUUGGAAGAAAGAUUUGGCUGGCUUGCAUCUCCCCAGGCCUAUGUGAGUGAAAAGCAUGAAGCCAACAAGGUCAUAGCAUUUGAGAGAGCUGGUCUCCUUUUUAUUUUCAACUUUCAUCCCUAUCAAAGUUACGUGGACUACAGAGUGGGUAUUGCAACUCCAGGAAAAUAUCCUUUUCUUUAUUGUUUUGCUUGUACAGAAAAACUCUAG